GGAUGGAUUGUCAGUAAUUCUGACAUCCGACAGUUCAUGAAAGCAAGUUGUUUGUUAGUUUCCAUUUUUGAUGCAGAAAUUCAGAGAUUGAAACUUUUCACGUUCUUCCAUAAACCGUGCCACUAUCGCGUUCUUGGCUGCCGCUCAAAUCUCUCAAAAGAGAGAGAAAAAGUGAGAUUCCAAUUCCUAAGAUCUGAAUUCCGAAUCAAUAUUAUUCUAAACGAAAGUGAAUUCUAGAUCAAGAGUGAAGUCAUUUCAUCACUUUCUGCGUUUCUGAAACAGAUUAAUAGAACAAUGGGAUACAUUGGUAAUCAUGGUAUUGCGGCACUGCAUAAAUACAAGUAUAGCGGUGUGGAUCAUUCGUAUAUGGCGAAAUAUGUAUUGCAGCCAUUUUGGAGUCGAUUCGUUACAUUUUUUCCACUCUGGAUGCCGCCUAAUAUGAUUACUCUGACUGGUUUCAUGUUCUUGGUCAUAUCUGCUCUUCUUGGAUAUAUCUAUUCACCUCAACUGGACACCCCCCCACCCCGAUGGGUUCACUUUAUGCAUGGGUUACUCCUCUUUUUAUACCAGACUUUUGAUGCUGUUGAUGGUAAACAAGCAAGAAGGACGAAUUCUUCCAGUCCACUUGGGGAACUUUUCGAUCAUGGAUGUGAUGCACUUGCUUGUGCGUUUGAGACUAUGGCCUUUGGGAGUACUUCAGCAUGUGGAGGAUAUUCAUUCUGGUUUUGGGUAAUCUCAGCAGUCCCAUUUUAUGGUGCAACAUGGGAAAGCUAUUUCACAAAUACACUUAUUCUUCCGGCGGUAAAUGGACCAACAGAGGGUUUAAUGCUGAUAUACAUGUGUCAUUUCUUUACUGCUAUAGUUGGAGCUGAGUGGUGGAUUCAACAAUUUGGAAAGUCUAUUCCAUUUUUGGCUUGGGUUCCAGUUCUGAAUGAAUUCCAAACAUUCAAAUCUGUAUUGAUUCUAAUGAUAGCUUUUGCUGUGAUACCAACAAUUUUGUUCAAUGUGAUUAAUGUCUACAAGGUUGUAAAGGCAAGGAAUGGGAGCAUGUUGUUGGCUUUAGCCAUGCUUUAUCCAUUUGUUGUGCUCAUGGGAGGAGUACUUGUCUGGGACUAUUUAUCUCCAACUGAUCUGAUGGCGCGCUAUCCGCAUAUGGUUAUUGGGGGAACUGGCCUUGCAUUUGGGUUCCUUGUGGGGAGGAUGAUUUUGGCUCACUUGUGUGAUGAACCCAAGGGGCUAAAGACACACAUGUGCAUGUCUUUGCUUUAUCUUCCAUUGGCAAUUGCAAAUACCCUUACGGCCAGAUUGAAUGAUGGAGUUCCAUUAGUUGAUGAAUGCUGGGUACUUCUCGGUUACGUCAUUUAUACAGUGACCCUCUACCUGCAUUUUGCCACGUCUGUGAUCCAUGAAAUUACAACAGCCCUCGGCAUCUACUGUUUCAGGAUUACAAGGAAAGAGGCUUGAGUGAAG